AUGGCAUCUACCACCAAGCCCAAAAAGUCCACAAAAUCGAAACCGACGGAACUACUGCCGCCCAAGAAGUCCGCCGAACAAAUCGCCGACAGCGAUCUCGAGUCCGAGAGUGAGGAAGAGGAGGAGGAAGAGCCGCAAGACAAGACAUACAGAUACCAACCUCCAGAGGACUUCACCCCGCUGUCGUCAGACGAUGCCGCGCGCGACUCGGAUCCCUUCUCGGCUGCGAACUUGAAGGGCAAGCAGCUAUGGUUCUUUACCGCGCCCGCCAAUGCGCCACUGUCGAAGCUUCCUUCCUUCAGCGCUGCCGAUGUCGCUAAGGGAAAUGCUGUGUUGGAGACAAAGGGCGGGAGGGCUUACUAUUUGAAGGCCGAUGAGGAUGUUUUGGAGGCGGGAGCGGGAGUGUCCAUCAUGGCUCCGGAUCACAAGGGCGUUUACAGAGCAGUUGGACAACCUAUAACAAAGGCAUUCCGUAUUGUGGAGAGCUUACCUCGGCCGCCCAAAAUAUCGAAAGACGACGUUCCGGAAAGGCAACCCGUUCGCCUGCAGCCUGAGGGUCUACGGAUGCGAUUCCGACCUUUCGGGUCUGUGGAUGAUGUGGAUAUGGCUGCAGAGGAUGCAAUGGAUGUGGACGGGGCAGGAGAGACCCACGUGGAGGAGGGAUCGCCGGAACGGAAAAAGAAGCGACAAAAGUCUUCUGGGGAUGGGGAGAAGAAGAAGAAGAAGAAGAAGAGCAGGAGCAGGGAGGAGUAG